UGCCACGUCUUUGGCUCUUAUUUCCAGCCUGUCGCAAACUCUCUCUUCUUCCCCGUAGUUCCCGGAGACGACACCGGAGGAACUUUGCUUCGACUUCACGUGGCCGCUCCACGAAGCGCCUUGGGUUUCUUCCCGCAUAUCUCUCUCUCUCUCUAGAAAAUUUCCCGUGCCUUGGUCACCACCAACCGAACCAGAGGAGGAGAGCGAUUUCCGGAAGAGAGAGAAAUAAGCAGAAGCGGUCUUCGCUGAUCAGACGUUGGACCCGUGACUUUUUUGUUUUAUUCUCUUCUUCUUCUUCAGGUUCGAAGGUGUAGAGAUUGAUUGAUUGAUAGAUUCUUGUGUGGCAAUGUCUGGCGUUGGCGAGAACCAGCUUAUCUCCAUUGUACCUGAUGAACUCAAGUUCCUUUUCGAACUCGAGAAGCAAAGCUACUGCGAUCUUAAAGUUGCCAAUAAAACUGAAGACUACGUUGCUUUCAAGGUGAAAACAACAUCUCCAAAAAAGUAUUUUGUAAGACCCAACACUGGUGUCAUUCAGCCAUGGGACUCCUGCAUCAUUCGAGUUACUCUACAAGCGCAAAGGGAGUAUCCUCCAGAUAUGCAGUGCAAAGACAAGUUUCUCCUUCAAAGUACCCUUGUCCCUCCACACACUGAUGUUGAUGACCUUCCCCAAGACACUUUUACAAAGGACAGUGGGAAAACGUUAACAGAGUGUAAGCUCAAGGUCUCUUAUAUCUCCUCCUCCACAACCCAAAGAUCCUCUGAAUCUGGAGCAACCAAUGGCGAUGGAAAUGGCUCUGAAACCAUCUCUACUAUACAGCGGCUGAAGGAAGAGCGAGAUGCAGCUGUUAAGCAAACACAACAGCUGCAACAUGAACUGGAGAUGGUGAAGAAACGAAGAAUGAACAGCGGAAAUGGGUUAUCCUUAAAGUUGGCAGCUUUGGUUGGACUCAUAGGACUCAUCAUCGGCUUCAUCCUAAAACUCACCUUAGCUUCUCCCACAUAAAAAGCUAGCAGCAUCUUCUCCGCAUGAUCUACCAUCUCCAACAUAUGUAACCGCAGGAAUCAAAACGGCGUCAAACAUUUUGGGGGUAUUCUACUCUGUUAACUCUCAGUAUCAAAGCUAUAUCUCUCCUUAUCCCUCUCUCUCUCUCAGUCUUUCUCUCUAUGAUCUGUUUUAGUUUGUUUUGUCCAUCAAAAAGUUUGCUUCUUUGUCAGUGAUAUUGGAUGUACAUUUUUUUGACCCAACAGAAACUUUCGUGAUUUGACUUUACUCUUUCACUACUUCA